CAGCAAACACUCUCGCUUCUUGAUUUUCAGGGUUAGGGUUAGGGUUUAGAGAGUGAGUGAGAAAGAAGAGAAAGGAAGAGAACCCCAGCAAUCAAUGGCUACACCAGCUGUUGAGUCCGUACAAUGCUUCGGGCGCAAGAAGACCGCCGUGGCGGUCACCCACUGCAAGCGUGGGAGGGGCCUGAUCAAGAUCAACGGCUGCCCGAUCGAGCUGGUAGAGCCGGAGAUCCUCCGCUACAAGGCUUACGAACCGAUCCUCCUCCUCGGCAGGCAGCGCUUCUCCGGCGUUGACAUGAGGAUCCGGGUCAGGGGUGGGGGCCACACCUCUCAGAUCUACGCCAUCCGUCAGAGCAUUGCCAAAGCCCUGGUGGCCUACUACCAGAAGUAUGUGGACGAGCAAUCGAAGAAGGAGAUCAAGGACAUCCUCGUCAGGUACGAUAGGACGCUCCUCGUUGCUGAUCCCAGGCGCUGCGAGCCCAAGAAGUUCGGUGGUCGCGGCGCUAGGGCUCGAUUCCAGAAGUCUUACCGUUAGAAGCAGAAAAGGAGAAGGAAGGGAUAGAUGGAGGUUUCUUCCACUUCUCUUCUCUUGUUGCGUUCUUCUUCUGCUCUCUUGAUUUUGGAUAUGACAUUAGAACUCUGCUAGUAAUUUUGGGAGAUUUUCAUAUUAUCGUUUCAGUGGUUUCGACUUUUAAGAGUCUUUUAUCUUAUGUCUGAUUGCGAGAUAUUAUGAUGGUUUUUUUUAAUUUGAUAGAAACUUGAGUUUGUUUUGAAUGCCAAUUCAAUCCUUUGGAA